AUGGAAGUUGCACCGAAAAUGUUAAAAAGUGAAUUGCACAGUGAAGAACUCAACCAAAUAUCUAGUAAACCAGUGAAAAGACCUUUCGACGUGGCUUUUUUGAUGUUACCAGACGAAAAACUCCUACAGAAACAGAAACUACAUAAAAAUUUCGAAAAUUGUUGUAGUAGUACGGAAGAAGAUGAGGAAAUCGACGUUAUAGAAACGCCUCGUGAGUAUAAAAAGUUGUUUACGCAAAAACAACAAAUUUUCGACGAUCCCAAUUUGGUUAAAACGAAAUACGCAGACGAACUUCGAUCGAAAACUUUAUCAACUUCCAACGAUCAAAAAAGCGCGUUUACUAAAGUUAAUUUAUUCAAAGAAUCCUCCAGACUUUCUCCAAGUUUAAGCACAUCUCCGGAUAUAAGUUACCAAAGCUCUUUGAGUCCAUCGCCUCCUAUAAUCAAUAAAACCUACCAAAAUUUCACAACGAUAUUAUCACCUAAUCAAAUAUUCAAAAACCAACAAGCGGCAUAUCAAAAUCAAUUUCUACAAGAAAGUUUCCCCACAACCGGCGCCGCCAAUUUAGAAAACAACUUUUUCAAAUCGCAACCCGACCUAAUCCAACCCAAUUACGCCAAAAUCAGACCGAUAUAUAGACCAGAUCUACCCUACAGUUAUCCGCAGUUUCCCAAUCCGGAAAUGUUGAAGAUGACACCGCCGGAUAUAAGAAACCCCGCCGCUGCUAUUCUAACCUCACUUCUACCGCCGUCUUUAGCCGCCCUAAGUUUACCGGCUCAAAAUAUUUGUGCCAAAUGUAACAUCUCAUUCAGAAUGACUUCGGAUUUGGUGUACCACAUGAGAUCCCAUCACAAGAGCGAAGCCGCCGAAAGCACGAGGAAAAAACGCGAAGAUAAAUUAAAAUGUCCCGUUUGCGCAGAAUCCUUUAGGGAAAGACAUCAUUUAACUAGACAUAUGACAGCCCAUCAAGAUAAAGCCGAAGAUGAAACGAAAGAUAAUAAUUGUGUAAAGAAAGGUUUUUAA